AACGUAAGUUAAUGUACAUCAAAGUACAGAUUAUAUUUUCCUUCUUAUAUAUAAUUAAAAAAAGAAUUGAUCAUGCAGCACUGUUGCCACCUUUUGCAAGAAUCUUAGAAUUUUUUUAAUCUGUUGACUGCUGUCCUAAUUAUAUGGAUAAUAUGUUAAUUUAUUUACCAUAAAUAGUUAUCGGUGACUUUUUAACGGAAACAGAGUGUUAUUAGAGGGUUAAUAUUGUUAAAAAUGUAGAUUAAAAUAGCUGUAAUGAUAGUAUAAUAAUAUUAACGUAAAUCCAACAGCUAGUUUUCGCUGCAGUUUGUUUCUCAUUCUGCAGCCUUUAUAUAAAAUGUUGUAUUUCAAGCUUUUUCUUAUUCAAUUCCACCUCACAUCUUUUAUUUCUUUUUAAUAAUUAAUCUUCAUUCGUUUUACUCAUAAUUCUAACCAUCUUCCAAGAAUUUCUUCUGGUGUUGUUGAAUAUCAUCACAAAGCAGCUUCAAUCUCAUGGCUUCGUAUUCAGAACAAGAUGGAAAGCCUCUACCCAAAUUUGGGGAAUGGGAUGUAAAUGAUCCAUCCUCAGCUGAAGGGUUUACUGUUAUAUUCAAUAAAGCUAGAGAUGACAAGAAAAUUGCUUCUGCAUCUGGAAGAUUUCCUUCACAACGACGAUAUGACUCUCGCACCGGUCGCACCAACGAUAAUAAUAAAAAUUUAAAGGCUUCCUCAAAGAAAAAAUGGCUUUGCUUUGGCGCUUAGACGAUGAUAUAAAGAUGCAUAUGUAGUUUUUGAUGUCGGCACAUGUGAUUACAAUUAAUCUCAUCAAUACGAGGCAAAGGGGAGAAACUUAGAAUGAAAAAAAUAGUUCAGCUUGCUCAAAUCAUCCGCGUAGCUUCUAGAUGUUGAUUUUAUGCAUCAAGCUACUUUAUUAUACUCCUAAGCAACAUUAAAAGUUUAAU